CCAUCCACCUCGCCAGAACAAAGACAAUCAAAAGCAAGCAUGUUGCCAAAGUUUGAUCUAACAGACCCAAAAGCUAGCCUGUCUCUUCUUGAGGAUGUGACCACCAACGUAACGCAGAUUCAAGAUUCCAUCUUGGAAGCAGUACUUUCACGUAAUGCUCAUACCGAGUAUCUUAAAGGUUUCCUCAACGGUCAAGUUGAUAAGCAAACCUUCAAGAAGAACGUACCCAUUGUGACCUAUGAAGAUAUUAAGCCUUACAUCAAUCGUAUCGCUAAUGGAGAGGCGUCUGAUCUCAUCUGUGAUCGACCCAUCAGUUUACUUGUGAUGAGCUCUGGUACUACAGCAGGAAUUCAAAAUUUGAUUCCUUUGACAACAGAGGAUGGGGAACAGAGGAUUAUGUUUGGAUCUCUCUAUAGAUCUUUACUCUAUAAGUACGUCGAGGGGAUUAGAGAAGGAAAGUCUCUCACGUUCUAUUUCGUGAACCCUGAAAGAGAGACUGCCUCUGGGAUACUGAUCAGGACUAUGAUAACUUGUAUUUUGAAAAGCGUAAACAAAACCAACUCAUCUCUUUGGGAUAGAUUACAGAUAAGCCCGCAUGAAAUUUCUACUUGUGAAGACACUACUCAGAGCAUGUACUGUCAAUUGCUUUGUGGGCUUCUACAACGAGAUAAUGUAGCUCGCCUCGGUGCACCCUUUGCUUCUGUCUUCAUCAGAGUAAUCAAGUACUUGGAAGGUCAUUGGCAAGAGUUAUGCUCAAACAUAAGGACUGGCCGUCUCAGUGACUGGAUCACAGACCCUCAAUGUGUCUCAGGGAUUAGUAAGUUCCUCACCGCUCCAAAUCCGGACCUAGCGAGCCUUAUCGAGCAAGAAUGCAGUAAAACCUCAUGGGAGGCAAUAGUGAAGAGACUUUGGCCAAAAGCAAAAUGCGUCGAAGCCGUCGUUACAGGCUCCAUGGCACAGUACAUUCCGUUGCUGGAAUUCUAUGGCGGUGGUCUUCCGUUGAUUUCAUCGUGGUAUGGCAGCUCUGAAUGUUUCAUGGGUGUCAAUGUCAAUCCUCUGUGCAAGCCUAGCGAUGUGUCGUACACCAUCAUCCCAUCUAUGGCGUACUUCGAGUUCUUAGAGGUCAAGAAAGACCAACAAGAAGCUGGUCUUGAUCCCAUAGAGAACCAUGUGGUCGUCGAUCUUGUCGAUGUUAAAAUUGGCCAUGAUUAUGAACCUGUCGUCACAACGUUUUCUGGUCUGUAUAGGUACCGUGUGGGUGAUCUUUUAAGAGUUACUGGUUUCUACAACAAUUCACCACAUUUCCGUUUCGUGGGAAGACAGAAAGUUGUUCUGAGCCUCCACAUGGCCAAUACAUACGAAGAAGACCUCCUUAAGGCAGUGACAAACGCAAAGCUCCUGCUCGAGCCACAUGACCUGAUGCUAAUGGAGUUCACUAGCCGUGUGGAUUCGUCCUCGUUUGUAGGACACUAUGUGCUCUAUUGGGAACUUGGGAGCAAAGUCAAGGACGCCAAGCUCGAACCUAACCGCGAUGUUAUGGAAGAAUGUUGCUUCACCGUUGAGAAGUAUCUGGACCCUCUCUAUAGACAAGAACGAAGAAAAGAUAAGAACAUUGGACCUCUUGAGAUUAAGGUUGUUAAGCCUGGCGCCUUCGACGAACUCAUGAAUUUCUUUCUGUCUCGAGGCUCUUCUGUGAGUCAGUACAAGACGCCGAGGUCGGUGAAGACUGAAGAAGCCGUCAAGAUAUUGGAGGCCAACGUUGUUUCCGAGUUUCUUAGUCAGGAAACUCCGCCGUGGGGAUAAAACCCCGUCAUUUUCUCUUUUUUUUACUUGAGGGCAGCAGAUAGUUUAGAAAACUUUUCUUGAUUUUUUUAAUUACUAAAUUAGUCUUCCAUAUCAUAAUCUAAAAAU